UUCCUUCAUCCGUAUUUUCCAGCAUUAAACCAUGGGGGAGGGAGUCUGGAGUGCUGCCUCACAACUACGGCGGACUACAGGCUCUACUUUUCGGCUCUAAACAUCAGAGACCGGCGGCGGCGAAGCCUCUGACGGGGAAUCCCUCGGAAACGCCCCGAAAGGCUCGGAUGUAUGUAUGGCUUCUCCGGAGUGACGGGGAGUCUCGCGGGGGACGGGCGUGAAGAUGAGGAUUCCUCCGGCGGUUCCCUCUGCUGACAGCUGCCUCCCCUCUGCGGUUCAGGUGUGGCCACUGGGCGCUCGCCAGACCAGGUGAAGUGAGAACCAAGGGGAAAUCGCGCUGAGGACACGACGCAGCUGCUGAGGGGGGUGGGGCCUCCGUGCAGGUUCACGCGGCUUUCAGCAGGGCGGAGCCUCCUGACCCAUGGAGAAUUACUUCCAGGCCGAGGCCUUCAACCUGGACAAGGUGCUGGACGAGUUUGAGCAGAACGAAGAUGAAACCGACACUUUCUCCGACGCCAAGUGGACUCAGAUCCUGGCCCCACCGGCCCACAUGUUCUCCUUGAACCCGGCGCUGACCCACACCGACCUCAGCCCCCGUGAGAGCUCCCAUCUCUUCAAGGGCCUCCCCGACUCCUCCUCCAGCGCCUCUCUGGGCGGCGACCCCAAAAGACACCCUGGUGCCGAACCUGCGUCCUGGGCGGAGGAGCGGCCGGCAGAUGUCCACAGCCCGCCCCUCCCUCAGCCCAACAUCGGCAAACUGGUGGGCGCCGACGACGCCUCGCCAACCCCCGUGACGGCCUGUGGCACAGUGGAGAACAGCUGCUCGGGCAGCCCCCCGCUGGUCGAGCCUCCUGCUGCCUCCAGCCAGGAGCCUAAACUCAGAGACACGCCCACCUCAGUGGGAGGAGCCGGCUCCUCCGUCUCCCACUUCACCUUUGAGGUGGGAUCAGGUCAAGACCCGCCCCCCUCUGUGAGCCUUCAUCCAGCUGCCUCUGCAGGCAGACAGAACGGGGAACAUGCUGAAGGCCAAAGCGGUGCCGCUGUCUCACCGGACCUUCAUCCUGAAUCCGUCCUCUCAACAGAGGAGACGCCAGAACGUUUGAAUGGCGGUGAAGAUUCUCCGCCUGCGUGUGAGCGGGAGGAGAAGAAUGUUUAUUCUCCUGCUGAGGAGGGAGAGGAGAAGGAAGAAAGGAAAGCAGAACCGCUUUUCAGAAAAACUAACCUUCAGAACGGACUAGAAGGAGCGAUGGAGCGCAGCUCCACGCUUCAUACAACAGAAGAGAAGGAUGAGGAGGAGUUCUCUCCUUCUCCUGUCUCCUCUAAGGAGGACUCUGUUACAGAGGAGAAGGAAAUGGAGGAGAGCAAGCAGGAAGCGGGGGAUGCCGGUGCCGUGGGAUCGGGUCUCCUCCAAACUAAACUCGGCAACAACCGCCUUCAACCAGUCAGUGUUCCCUAUGGAGGAGCACGGCCAAAACAGACGGUCAGCCUCAAGCUCCAGAUCCCACAGCCGCUGCCGGGCCAGCUCCAGAACCAGCUGGGCCAGGCUGCAGCCGGCAAGAACAAGAACCUGGACAGCCAGGGCCGGAGAGGCGCUCCAUCAGAACCGUCGCCCGCCGCCGCGGACCAGGGCUCAGUCAGCGCGAACGGAGACCGCGGCGCCCCCUUCCCAUCAGCCAGACCUCCAGAGAGCCCCGACAACGACCUCCAGGCCGGCCAGCAGGGCGACCCGAGCCGGAAAGCCAGCAGCGCCCUGGGAGACGUCGCCCCUGUGUGGGUGCCUGACUCCCAGGCUCCCGUCUGCAUGAAGUGUGACGUCAAGUUCACCUUCACCAAGAGGCGGCACCACUGCAGGGCCUGCGGCAAGGUGUUCUGUGCCGCCUGCUGCAGUCUGAAGUGUAAGCUGGCGUACAUGGACAGGAAGGAGGCUCGGGUUUGUGUCACCUGUCAUUCCACACUAACCAGCGCUCAGUCCUGGGAGACGCCGACUCCAGCAAGCAACCAAAGCCCGAACCCCAACAACCCCGCAGAGUACUGCUCCACCAUCCCCCCCCUGCAGCAGGCCCAGGCCUCGGGGGUGCUCAGCUCCCCCCCUCCCACCGUCAUGGUGCCCGUGGGGGUCCUAAAACAGCCCAGCAACGAGGGAUCCGUGUCACGAGACCAGAGAAGGGUGUGGUUCGCUGAUGGGGUCCUGCCCAACGGGGACGCCACAGACUCCUACAAACCUUCGUCCUCAAGCUCCGCCCCCUCCCAGCAACGCACCAGCUCAGCCUUUUCCAACAAGUCCUCCACGUCUGAGGCCUCAGAGGCAGCUCAGACCCCCGUGGCACCGGCGGGCAGCCCCGUGGGCAGCUCCCUCAGCCUGAUCCCGGAGGACGGGCUCCCUCCCAUCCUCAUCUCCACUGGAGUCAAAGGAGGUACGGGAGGCCACAUCACAGAUUACGCAGUGGAGGAGAGGCCGGCGGAGGUCGUCCUCAUGCAGCAGUUGGAGGAGGGCGGUCCUGACCCCCUGGUCUUCGUGCUGAAUGCCAACCUCCUCGCCAUGGUCAAGCUGGUCAACUACGUCAACAGGAAGUGCUGGUACAUGACCACUAAGGGCAUGCACGCCGUUGGCCAGGCGGAGAUCGUUGUCCUGAUCCAGUGUCUGCCUGACGAGAAGACCAUCCCCAAAGACGUCCUCACCCACUUCGUGCAGCUCUACCAGGAGGCCCUCAGCGGAAACAUGCUGAGCCACCUGAGCCACUCCUUCUUCACGCAGAGCUUCUUGGGCAGCAAAGAGCACGGCGGCUUCCUCUACAUCAGCCCCUCCUUCCAGUCGCUCCAGGACCUGCUGCUGCCCAACCCGCCCUUCCUCUUCGGCAUCCUCAUCCAGAAGUGGGAGACGCCGUGGGCCAAGGUCUUCCCCAUCCGCCUCAUGCUGCGGCUGGGAGCAGAGUACAGAUUCUAUCCCUGCCCGCUGUUCAGCGUCCGCUUCAGGAAGCCUCUGUUUGGGGAGACGGGUCACACCAUCAUGAACCUUCUGGCAGACUUUCGAAACUACCAGUACACCCUCCCGAUCGUGAAGGGCCUGGUGGUGGACAUGGAAGUGAGGAAGACCACCAUCAAAAUCCCCAGCAACCGCUACAACGAACUGAUGAAGGCCAUGAACAAGUCCAACGAGCACGUGCUCGCCAUGGGAGCCUGCUUCAACGACCGGGCCGACUCCCAUUUAGUGUGCGUCCAAAACGAUGACGGGAACUACCAGACGCAGGCCAUCAGCAUCCAUCACCAGCCACGGAAAGUGACCGGAGCGUGCUUCUUCGUCUUCAGCGGCGCUCUAAAGGCCUCGUCCGGCUUCUUGGCAAAGACCAGCAUAGUGGAAGAUGGCGUGAUGAUCCAGAUCACAGCAGAGACCAUGGACUCUCUACGGCAAGCUCUGAGGGACAUGAAGGACUUCACCAUAACGUGCGGGAAGGCCGACCGGGAGGAGAACCAGGAGCUGGUCCACAUCCUUUGGACCGAGGACGACCAGAAUUUCAACAAAGGCGUCAUCAGUCCCAUUGAUGGGAAGUCCAUGGAGUCCAUCUCCAGCGUGAAAAUCUUCCACGGCUCGGAGUUUAAAGCGAACGGCAAAGUCAUCCGCUGGACCGAGGUGUUCUUCCUCCAGAGCGAGGACCAAUCCAUCGGCCUGAGCGACCCGGCUGACCACAGCCGGCUGACGGAGAACGUGGCCAGAGCCUUCUGCAUGGCUCUGUGUCCACACCUCAAGCUGCUGAAGGAGGACGGCAUGGCCAAGCUGGGGCUGCGGGUCACCCUGGACUCAGACCAGGUGGGUUACCUGGCAGGAAGUAACGGCCAGCCUCUGCUGCCUCAGUACCUGAGCGACCUGGACAGCGCUCUGAUCCCCGUCAUCCACGGCGGGGCGUGUCAGCUCAGCGAGGGCCCCGUGGUCAUGGAGCUGGUCUUCUACAUCCUGGAGAUCAUCUCCUAGGAGGCGGAGUCGCACCACCAGCCUGCAGGCUCUCACCUGUCUGAACCUUCAUCUCACAGCCUGGUUCUUUCUCGCCUCGCUUCAACCACUUCACCUCAAAAGAACCAGAAAGCUGUGCCGGGCCGGGCGGGGUAGCAUUCCUCCACUCAAACCUAUGCAUCCGCCCCCCCCUCAUCUGCUCUGACCCAGAGGCUUUCAGGUGUCCGGGAUGCCCCGAGCCGGGUUCUCCUCUUUCAGGGCGUCUGUCCUCAUACCCACACUUCAAUCAACCGUCCGAGAGGUCACAGGGUCACCAGAACCAUGUCGCAGAGUUUCCAGAGGAACCGUGGGUGCCAAAGCCGAGCCUCUGUGCUGUUCUGCCUCGAUGAGGCCAAAGCCUUCAGCUGCCAACAGCUGGGCGUGGUCGAGGUAACGGGAGGUCUGCAGUUCCCCCCAUCUGGGAUGAAGAGGCUGCAGUUCACCUUCGGCUGGGGUUCUUCCUGCUCUAAAGAAAGGCUUCUUCAUCUUCUGACCGUUUUUACCAGAAACCAGAGAGAAACCGGCUCCAGAGCUGAAGAUUUUCCUACAAAAACGUCUGCAAACGCAACAAUUUUACUCUUCUGGCUGGAGUCGGCUUACUUUAAAAACCCUCAAGAAUGCUCCUUUAACAUGAAGUUCUCACAGCUCAAACAAACAUGAACGUCCCUGUUAAAGUUUUAAACAUGUUUCAUCGUCGUGUGACUUUGAAGUGUGGGUGUUUGGACAGACCUGCCAGCUCCCUGACUGGACUUCCCCUCGAUAUCAUGGCAGCUGGGGAAUUCUGGGUAAAAACCUGCCUGUGUGUAGCACGGAUACCGUUUCAAGGGAGACGCACAUCUACCGCCGGUCAGUGAAGAGGACGGAGGGAGGAGGUGCCUACAGGGGGCGCUUGGUCUUUCGUUUUUGUACCCUGGUGCUCAGUGCCUGCAGCAGAGGGAGAGAGGACUUCUUCAGCUUUACUCAUCAACCACACACUGAUGCUUCUACAGGCGGGGGCGUCAGCUGUGGCCUCCAGCAUCACUGACGGGGAGCCCCCCACCCCGUGAAAGAAUCCCACUGCAGAAAGAUCAGAAAAGGUUCCAACGCUUUACGACCUCAAACGAAGGGCAGCGUCACGGCUUCAUUUGCUCUUUUUAAUCAUAUAUCAGAUGUAAAGCUAUAGAAAUGUAUAAAUAUAUGUAUAAAUAAAUGUAUUAUAACUGAAAUUGCAAAAGCGGUGCACUGGAUUCUAAGCCAUUUAGAGGAUUUGAAGCGAGCCGCAGGCUGAAGAGGUGCUGCAAAGAUCCCAGAGCUGAAUGUAUCUCAUCCCAGGUUUUCCUGCAUCCGUCCACAUCCCCGAGAGCAGGACUCUGCAGAACUCUACAGUGGCCGUCGUGGCACAGAAAGGCGGCAGCUGCUCAUCUUCAGCCGCACGGAUCUACAGACAAAACAAAACAAGAGAUGAAUGUAUUUUUUCUUCUGAAAGCGUUUGGCUUUUCCAGACACACCUGACUCGUGAAAAGUUUCUGCACGUCUGUAUUCAGUUCAAGUGUUUCUUUUCAGGAUUUUGGACUAAAAGUUUUUUUAUUGAGU